AUGAAAAAACCUCAUAAUUCAGUGAUAAUUCGUGCUAUUUUCUUUCUUUCGCUCGUUACCCUUCUCUUCUAUGUAACUUUUGUGACUUCCAAAGCCCCUGAUACAGAAAAAAACGCCUCUGGUUGUCCGAUAGAAAAAUGCCCUUACUACGCAAAAAUUAAAGCUGGCGAAGUGUCUGACACCGAUUGGUCCAUUUCGAAAUGUCCAUUGGCCAGUAAAUGCCCUUACUAUGAAGAACUAAAGAAACGCGCGUUAGCCAAUGGUGGUAAUCUUGACCUUUCAAGUGAUGAUAGCGGUUGUCCAUAUGUAAAAAAGUGUCCACAUUUUAAAGAUAAAGAUGGUAAGGUUGAUUGCGGUGAAGAUUGCUUAAAAGAGUACUAUAAGGCGCAUGGACAUGGUGAAGGAAAAGGUGAUUUAUCGAAAUGUCCAUAUUUGAGUAAAGCAGGAGCAGAUGGUCAAGGAAGUAAAUGUCCAUAUUUGGAAAAAUUGAAGGAGGCAGAGUCAAAGGAGAAGACAGGGAAAGAGAGUAGUGAUAGAGAAGAAUUAUAA